AUGAGCACCUCUUCCGACCCUUCGGAAGGGAGCAUUCGCCCAGAAUCAACACAACCAUCCCACUGCAGCGACAAUGAAAUCCACUUCGGUCCUUUCAAAGUAACCAACCAAGUCUUUCUCCGGACCCCUCACUCCUUCGCCCUGGUGAACCUCAAACCUCUUCUCCCCGGCCACGUGCUCGUCUGCCCUUUGGUCCCGCACAAGCGAUUAACCGACCUCUCCCCCGCCGAAGUCACCGAUUUGUUUUCUACCGUGCAAGUGGUGCAGAGGAUGUUGGGACGGUAUUACUUCCACCCUGUGAUGCUGGAAACAGGCGGCUCCUUCAACAUCGCCGUACAAGACGGUCCCGAAGCCGGCCAAACCGUUUCCCACGUACACGUGCACGUCAUCCCGCGGAUUCGCAACGUGAGCGCCAAGGACACCGAGACGCCGUCGGAUGCGCUGUAUGAGUGGAUGGCGGAGGAGAAGGGGAAUAUUGGGGGGGCGUUGUGGGAUAGAGAUCAUGGGCACGGGCAUGGGCACGUGGCGGAACUGCAGGCGAGACCAAAGCCGGGAGGAAGUUUCCCUAGUAUCGAGGAUGCGGCGAGGACGGCGAGGGAGAUGGAGGAGAUGGAGAGGGAGGCCGGGGAGUAUAGGAAGGUAUUGGAGGAGAUGGGAAUAUUGAGUGUAUAGCAGGGGUGUACACAAAAGAAUUGGAGAAGUGUGGUUGAGGGUCGUUGAGUUGGUAGACUAGAUAUGGAACACAGUACCUACCUAUAUAGUUAUUUGAAAUGGAUGUGUUUUCAAG